UGUUGUAAUCUCCGCUGUGACCAUGUUCACAAAUAUUGAUUAAACCAAGUGUCAUUCACCUUCAACAUAUUGAGGAAACCCAGAAAACAGGAUGUGUACAGUAUAAUAAGAUGAUGGCUUUACAUCAGAGGUCAAACUUCAUGUCAUGAGCUGCUAUUCAAGCCUUUAUCAGCGAGAGAUGAGGGGCAAAGAUUGAUCAGAUUUAUCUACAAUCUCGCUCAGUGUGUUAUUUAUGUACCGUAGCCUCUUAAGAGUUGCUCAGUGAACGACACUGCUGUCUCAGGAUGUUGAAGUUAGUGCUGCUGUUCCUGACACUGUCAGGCCUCCAGGCUGCCCCCCUUGCAGUUCCUGGAAGUUUGCAGAAGGGAUCCUCAACCUACCAGCUCCCUGCAGACUUUCAACAGGGCGCCAAACACUCGCUCAUCCGUGAACGCAUUCUUGAUGACUUUCGACAAGGUACGGAGCCCUCCAGGAGAUUCCUUGUUGACCUCAACACCGGCCUGGUCCAGGAACACAUAAGUGAGAUGGAAAGGAGAACGGGUUUCAUACCUUCUUCUCAGGGAAAUGGAAUUGGAGAGAUGGAGAGCAAACACUGGCUGACAGAUGAGGUUCUUGCCGAUGUUCCAGCCCAGCAGAAUGCUGGUGGUUGGGUUCGUGUGGAGGAACCAUCUGCUUCUCGUCUUCCUGAUGGUUUUAGACAGGGAACUGAACCCAUGAUGUCAAUCCCAGAUGGUUUUAGACAGGGAACUGAACCCAUGAUGUCGAUCCCAGAUGGUUUUAGACAGGGAACUGAACCCAUGAUGUCGAUCCCAGAAGGUUUUAGACAGGGGACUGAACCCAUAAUGUCGAUCCCAGAAGGUUUUAGACAGGGAACUGAACCCAUCAGGUCGAUUCCAGCUGGUUUUAGACAGGGAACUGAACCCGUGAUGUCGAUCCCAGAUGGUUUUCGACAGGGAACUGAACCCGUGAUGUCGAUCCCAGAUGGUUUUAGACAGGGAACUGAACCCAUGAUGUCGAUCCCAGAUGGUUUUAGACAGGGAACUGAACCUGUAGUGAAGGUCCCAGAGGGAUUCAGGCAGGGCACCGAACCCACUGGUAAACUCCAAGAGGGCUUUAGGCAGGGAACAGAACCCUCCAUAUCCGGGCGCCAAACACAGACAGUGGCAUGUAAGGGAGAGAUCAUUAAUGGAAACUGCUAUGAGUUCAACCCCACACCACUGGCCUUCCUAGAUGCACAGGCCUUAUGUAAAGCUCUUGCCCCAAAUGCUGAGCUUGCAUCUGUAACUAGUGGUGAUCUACAUUCCCGUCUGGUCUCCCUGGUAACCAAGGGGGGUGAGAACAACCCUGUGUUGACCUGGCUUGGAGGCAUGGUCAAGAACCAGCAGGCAUCGUGGGUAGACGGGUCAGAAUGGAGUUACAGCGACUGGAUGCCAGGUCACCCCAACAUCCACACUGAUAAAUCGGUCUGUGUGGAGAUGUUCAAGAUUGAUGAGAGCUGGUGGACGGCAGCUGACUGUGAACUGGAGAGAGCGUCCAUCUGCUCUUACCCGAUCACUGCAUGAAAACCACAAAGAAUCACAACAUAAGAGAGGGGCCCUCUUGAUUUGUCUCCUCUCAAAUAUCUUAAACAAUCUUUCUUACAGACAUACCAUCGCAUGUAUCUGUCUGUUUCCUUGAAUAAAACAUGGCAUAUUG